AUGCGGCGAACAUUUGAUUGUAUCGAAGCGCCGCUAUCCCGACUGUUCUAUCGGUAUGGUCGAUAUGUUGCGCAGCAUCCACUACCAUUCAUCGCAAUCCCGGUGUUAAUUACUGCUUUCUGUUCCAUUAGCCUUCUUCAUAUUCAUCCUGUUACCGAUCCUAUUUAUCUUUUCACUCCCCGAAAUGCUCCGAGUAAGUACGAACGACAAAUUAUUCAUAAUCUAUGGCCUUUACAUUAUAAUAAUUAUAUUCCCGGUCGAGCAGUAACACAAUCCCGAGAAGUACAGGUGAUAGUAGCUAGUCGAGAUGGCGGUAAUAUCCUGGAACGACCAUAUUCUGAAGCAGUGCGACGUUUGGAUUUUUUUAUUCAGAACCGUGUCAAAUUAUAUUAUAUGGGUAAAACAUACAGGUAUCAUGAUUUAUGUCUGGAAUGGCGUAAUGAGGGAUGUCCAGGAAAUAAACAUAUUCAUAUUGUCAGUGAUCUUUAUCAACAUGGUAUCAAUGUCACAUAUCCGACUGUACGAUUCGGCUCUGCAAGCGGUUAUAUUGGUGGUGCGCUUGGUGGAGUGUCACUUUUCCGUGAAGCUAACGGUAGUGCUUCAUUAGCUGGUGGACUUGCUUGGUUUAUGAUAUAUCAUCUUAAAUUCUUCCCACAGAACACUAGUUAUAUCGCUGGAUUAUGGGAAAAGAAAUUACAAGAAGCAUUGGAUAGUUAUCCAUUUGAUCCUUUCAUUUCAUUCACUUAUUUACAUUCACAAUCGUUAACGGAAGAACUAAAACGUAACGCGAAUUCAUUGAUUCCACGUUUUGUGAUAGCAUUUUCAAUUCUUGUCUUUUUCUCUCUUCUAUGCUCCUUAAUUUUUAUCAGUGGAACAUUUUAUGUUGAUUGGGUCCUUUCUAAACCAGUAUUAUCAUUACUUGGUGUUAUCAAUGCUGGAAUGGGUAUCGUUACUGGUAUUGGAAUUACUAGUUUUUGCGGUGUGCCAUACAGUGAUAUUGUUGGUGUGAUGCCAUUUCUUGUGGUAGCUGUAGGUACUGACAAUAUGUUCUUGAUGGUAGCAGCUGUUCGACAUACUAAUCGGGCUUUUCCGGUUCCAAAACGGAUUGGCGAAUCAAUGAGUGAUGCGGCUAUAUCAAUUCUAAUAACCUCACUCACCGACGCCUUCUCUUUUGGCGUUGGUGCAAUUACUAGCAUUCCAGCAGUACAGAUUUUUUGCAUUUACACCGGUGCUGCUAUAACAAUUACAUUCAUUUAUCAAAUAUCCUUCUUUUGUGCACUGCUGUCGUUGGCUACAGAAUGGGAAGCAGCAGGAUUACAUUGUGUUUGGCUUCAACCAACCAUACCGGAUACAUUUAUCAAAUCAACAUCACUUAAAUGUCGAUUAUUUUGGAUGGGUUCAAGAGCUGAUCCUGAUCCAAGAAAUUUGCAGCAAAAUUUGAAAGAUACAAGUGCAAAAAUAUUUUUUAAAGAAUGGUUUGCUCCAAUACUGAUGAAUCCAGUAGUGAAGAUACUUGUUGUCAUGUGGUUUUUCAUCUACAUUGCUCUAUCUGUGUACGGUUGUCUUCAUUUACGUGAAGGCCUUGAACCAAUUAAUUUAUUGGUGCAAGAUUCCUAUGCUAUACCGCAUUAUCGCUAUCUGGAAAAGUAUUUCUGGAAUUAUGGUGCUCCUCUUCAAAUUGUCGUGAAUAAUGCACCCGAUCUGCGAGACAGAAAUGAAAGGCAUCGAGUGCAAUCGAUGGUGCAUGCAUUUGCUAACACGAAGUACUCCAUUGGUGACGAUAGUAUACAAUUUUGGUUGAAAGAAAUGGAAAUUUAUUAUAAUAAAGAAUUGGAAAUGGACAUUGUUGAUUCGGAAAUAUACGGAAUGGCGGAACAUUUCUUUUCGGCAAAAUCUCAGGAUAUCUGGUGUGAAGAUGUCAUUUGGGAAACUAAUCAGCAGGGUCUCUACAGUAUUCGAAGUUUCAGGUUUUUGAUAGGCAUGAAACAUAUUUCAAAAACAUAUUAUCAAGAAGAUGCAACAAGAACAUUCCGAAAAGUAGCUGAACACUAUUCAUCCUAUAAUAUUACCACAUUUUCACCUCUAUGGCUAUUCACUGACCAAUAUGCCAUUGUAAUUCCCAAUACCAUACAAAAUAUUCUGAUAGCAUUAGUGGUAAUGAUUAUAAUUGCGAUGUUACUAAUACCACAACCAUUUUGCUCCGUUUGGGUAGCAUUCUCUAUUGCAUCCAUUGAUCUUGGCGUUAUUGGUUUUAUGACAUUAUGGGAUGUCAAUCUGGAUGCUAUAUCAAUGAUAACGAUAAUAAUGUCGAUUGGCUUUUCGGUUGAUUAUUCAGCGCAUAUCACUUAUGGAUAUGUUAUCUCGGCUGAAUCUACUCCUGAGCAACGAGUGAAAACAGCGCUUGGUGCUCUUGGAUGGCCUGUAACACAGGGAGCGAUGUCAACAAUUUUGGCUGUUGCUGUUUUGGCUGAUAUACCUGCUUAUAUGAUCGUUACUUUUUUCAAAACAGUGUUAUUAUCAAUUGUGCUUGGCCUUCUUCAUGGCCUCAUAUUUCUACCAGUGAUGCUUUCAUGGUUUGUUGGAGGUGAACAAGACUUACAAAAAACAUCGACAAUUGAGCAAUUUGAAGAUAUUAGAGAAGUGUCGGGAACCGUGAUACAAUCAUGCGAUCCUUAUGGUAUUUAUUUGUCUCGAAAUAUUUCUGCUCGACGGAGUUGUCCUCGCCAGAUAAAGCCUAGUCUGGACUGUAUAAGUUCAUUAACAAUACCAUCACGAAGGCUUACUGAAGCUAAUUCAAAUCCAUUUUAA